CGUAUUUUAAAAAUGUGAAGCGGCUAUACGGUCCAGAAUAUUUUGACUCCGAUCAGUUGUGUGCCGCUUUCUGUUUGCGACGGUUGCUUGGAUUUUUCAGAAACAUAUAUAGAAAUGCGUCACACUCUACGGAACCAGUUGGAGGAGGAUGGCUACGUCGUGUUGGAAGAUUUUCUCCGGCCGGCGGAAUGUGAUGAACUGCUGGCUGCUGGGCUGGAGCUGACUAAGCAAGCGCCUGACUCCGACGACAAGACCAUCUUCUCAACUUUAGAAAAUGACAAACAACAACUGAAGGACAAGUAUUUUUUGGAAAGCAACGACAAGAUCAGCUUCUUCUUCGAAGCUCAGGCUGUCGGACCAGAUGGAAAACUUCAAGUGGAUCCCAGUGUAUCUUUGAAUAAGGUAGGACACGCGCUUCAUCUCCUGCACCCCAUCUUCAGAUGCUAUACGUACAGCGAUAGAGUGAAAGCAAUUUGUCAAGAGCUCGGAUUCAGGGAACCCGCUGUAGUACAAAGCAUGUACAUUUAUAAAAAUCCUGGUUUAGGCGGGGAAGUUGUAGCACAUCAAGACGCGACAUACUUGUACAGUGAACCGGUUCCCCCAAUCGGUUUUUGGAUUGCCCUUGAAGAUGCAACGAUACAAAAUGGCUGCUUAUGGAUGGCACGCGGCUCCCACAAGUCUGGAGUCCAUAGAAGACUUAUACGCAACCCCGACAAGGAGUCCAAACAAGCUUUGAUAUACGAUAAAGGAGCGCCGGUGUAUCCGCAAUCUGGUUUCACACCGGUACCGGUUAGCAAAGGUACCUGUAUUUUAAUACAUGGUCACGUUGUCCAUAAAAGUGCCCAGAAUAAAUCGGACAAAAGCCGCCACGCUUACACAUUUCAUGUCGUCGAGAGGCAGGAUAACGCUUAUUCACCAGACAACUGGCUCCAGGAAGGAGAGAACGCCCCCUUUCAAAACGUUUACACAACACCUCAAAUAGUUUAAUAACAUUAAGUAGUAAGCGACAACGCUGUUACUUACUAUCAUUUUAAGACCAAACACGUCGUGUGACUUUUUAAAUCUAUAUUAUAGUAAAUUUAUUUUGGUCACUUAUAUUUUAAUUAAUAUUUGGAUCUUUAUUUACAUGAGCUUGUAAUUAUUUCGAUGGAAUUGAUAGUUUUAUCCGUAUGCUAUUGAGGUACCGUCAUCACCACCGCAUUCAUUUUGGCAAUGUGGUGCAUUGCCACAAUUAAUUUAA